AUGUGUCCGUUUAAUACAUUAUUAAUAUUCCUCAUUGGCAUAACAUUUAAUGAUUCUGCAAGAAUUCUGGGUAUAUUUCCUACUCCUGCUACCAGUCAUCAAGGUGCAUUUCGACCCAUCAUACAUGAACUUGCAAGACGUGGACACCAAGUAACAGUUCUUACUACGGACCCAGCGUUUCCUAAAGAUAAACCACUCCCAAACUUAAGAGAAAUUGACGUCCAUGAACUGUUGUAUGCUGAUAAAGAUAAAUGGCUUGAAAAAUCUAAAAAUUCAAAAGAUGGUUUCCUCAAAGAGCUUAAGGACAGAUUUGAAAGAAUAACUGUUUUGGCGGAAAUGCAGAUUCAAGUACCCGAAUUCAAGAAGUUGUAUAAGCAGAAGUUUGAUUUGUUGUUGGUGGAAUCUUACGUUCGUCCACUGUUGGGAUUAAGUCACGUGUUUAAAGUACCGGUUAUCCAAAUCAGCUCUUUGGGAGUUGGCCAUUCUGUUUAUAAUUCCUUUGGAGCACCAUAUCAUCCACUUUUAUACCAUUCAUUGGUUUCUCAGAAGCUCUACAACCUUACGCUCUUCGAAAAAGAGCACACAAGAGCUGUUCAAAAAUUAUUUUGUUGA